AUGUCUUCCCGAAUCUCAUCUCUGUUUUUGUUGGCCUUGCUGGUGGCAGCCACAAUGUUUCCCACUGCAGCCUCUCUGAGGCAACAAACCCCCUCUACCAUAGGCACCCCAACCUCGACGCAGUCGCUCAGCGAUACCCACGCUGUCGCCUGUGUGACUGGUGGUGGAGACUGGCAUAUGGACCCACUGAUAGCAGAGCGUCUGAGCACCUCGUUUUGCACACGCCUUCUUCGACCCGAAGUCUUUCCCCAGCCAGGCAUUCGCGCCGAAGGAUCAGGCUACCCCAGCGACCUCGGCAUUGUUGACGAUGGCGAUGGAAAGUCCAGGAGAAUGUCAGGAGUUGAUCAAAAGAGAGUCUUCCGGCUCCGCGACAUAGCCACGGACUCCGAGGCCGAUAUCUCCGCGAUCAUCAACACAACGUUAAUCGAGAUUUCCGGCGCCGUUGCAGAGUUCAUGUUCUACCGGUCGAAAACCGAGACCAUCUUGAACACUGAAUACGUGCGCGGCACGGACGAGCAGUGCGCUCGAGACGACUGUGCGGAGGGUUUCCGCCGCGCUGUCAACACAUGCAAGUUCAACUCACACCACAUUGGCGGGUUUGCGGCGUACCUCACUGAUUGCGGCCUGUACAGCAUCCUGGUGCAAAAUUGCUCCAGUAACUAUGUCGAUCGAGACUGCAAUACUUGGCACGAAAGGUGGCCCGAUGUAGGAUUGAAGGAGAACAUGACGCUGGUGUGGAAUAUCACACAUGGUAUAGGAGUGAAUGGAUCUGGGAGCGGGAAGGCUGUGGAGGAUGAAGAAGGAGAGCAUAUUCCUGACCUGCGCGGUAUUGCGGAGCGGUUUGCCUACGUGAAGGAUAAUCUGCCCAGUGGUGGGUUUUGGGUGGAUGAGUGGAAGUGA